AUGUCUCUAACGGAUGCAGAAAUAAAACAAGUGAAAGAUAAGGUAUUAUACAGUGAGAUAGAUACAUCAUUUACUAAAUAUGUAGAAGGAGUAAAAAAGGUUACAACUCUUUGCAAUCAACUUUUGUCUGGUCAUUUAGAAACAUCAGAAGAUGGACUCAAUGUGAAUAGUACAUUUAAUGAGGGUACAGUUAAUAGUUUAAGUGAAUCAUCUGAGUUACAUUUCUUAGAAGUUCAAUCUGCUAUUGAUAUUAAGAAGAUAGCAAUUGAGAAUUGGCAACAAUCCAACGAUCAAGUUAGAAAAGAUAUAGAAAAUAAUGUAGGAGGAACUUUACCUGAAUUAAAAAAUAUACAUUUUAGACUCAGAAGUAGGAUAGCGAAAAUUCAGGCACUUUAUGAUAGCGUCAAGUCUAUUAACCAAGAAUUCAAUACAUUAGCUACCGGAAAAACAAAUUUGGCUGUGUCACAGGAGGAGUGGGAGCAUGAACUUGGCAAAGAUAUAACUGAUCAAUUAAUAAAGCAAAACCAUCUGAAAAUUGAGAGCAGGUAUUCAAAACAAGAAAGACUAGGAGUGUAUGAAGAUUUCUCUAAUGGUCCAAAAGAGGCAAAACGUUUAAAUAAUGCCAUGAAAUCAGAUAUUACCAAACUUACAAAAGAAAUAGAUGUGUACAAGAAUAAGUGGUUAAAGGAUGCAGAUAUAUUUUCGAAAAUAACCAAUGUUUUGCAAGAUGAACUCUCUAAGAGAGACGUCCAGUUGAGUGGAACUGAUAUCGAUAUGGAAGGUAAUGAGGAAUCUGAAGAAGAUGAGGAAGAUGAGACAAGGAAGAAUACAGAAGAGGGUCUUUUACAGAGACAACGAUAUUCGGAAGACGAAGCUAAUCACCAACAUUCUGAUGAGUAUUCUGAUGAGGAAAAUGGCCAGGUUUCAGAAACUGCGAAUAUGUCAGGAAAUGAGGAUCAAGAUAUUGAGAUGGCCGAAGAGGAGGAUGAGGAAGAAGAAGAUCGGGAGGAAGAGGGGAGCAGGACAGAAAAUGGAUCAGAGGUAUAUGACACCAAGGACACAUUGGUUGAGCCAAACUUAAAUAAUGAACUUAUCCAAUCCGAAGAUAUUGAUGAUCGAACUCAAGAAAAUAGUGCUGUUGUAAGUGAACAGGAGGAAACCGGAGAUAAUUCUGAGCCAAACUCCAAUGUAUAA